CACCUUCGAUUGCCAGUCUAGUUUGAACUGUUGCUUUGAGCACACAUUUCCCUUAUUAAAAUGACUACUUUGAACCGGGAUUGCCUUAGUGAACAUGACCGCCAGGUGCUGGAAUCGAUCUUCAACCCGUCCCAGAUAGGCGGUGAAGAAUUACUGUACAAGGGAGAGGAAGAGCUACCCGUUGAUCUAUUAGAUCUCGCCGAACCGGACAAUCCCCGAAUUCUGAAAUCGAAAAGUAUAGAAUUGGAAGCGAUUAAACAAGCUGAGAACGGUAAGCUAGCUGAUGCCAUCACGUUGUUUACCAAAGCCAUUGAAACCGCACCGGAACGACCAGCACCGUGGAAUAAUCGAGCUCAGGCAUAUCGUUAUUCGGGGAAUGAUGAAGCGGCCCUGAACGAUAUCGAACGAGCUUUACAGCUAUCGAACCGCUCCGGGCGAACAGGCUGUCGGGCGUUUUGCCAGCGUGGUGUUCUGCGUAGGAAGCACAACGAUACCGACGGAGCAAGGGCGGAUUUUGAGGAGGCAGCCAAGCUGGGCAGCAAGUUUGCCCGUACGCAGCUGAUCGAGUUAAACCCGUAUGCGGCACUUUGCAACCAGAUGCUGCGGGAGGUGAUGAAAGUGAAAUGAGGGAUUCUGCCGGGAAUUGUGCAGCUUCGCGGGGUGUCGUCCUUUGAUCGAAUGCUUCUGGUUGUUUGUUAAAUAAAUAUAAACUACAUAUUUAAAGCUAAAAAAGGCAGUUUGUAUAAAAUAAAUUAAUCU